AUGGUGGGUUUUCGUGAUGUGGCCGCAAGUUUAUUUUCUCCUUUUUUGGAAGGGGGGAGGGGGAUGCGAGGGUGGGUUGGGGCUGCUGGUGGUUGGCGGAGAGUGGCUGCUGUGGCAUGUCCUGGGCAGGCGUCGUCUGGCAUGGCCGUGGGGUGGCCGUGCUGGAGGCGCGUGGCGCGCAGGGCGUGCGAAAUUGAGAAAUUCAUCCUCGAGGUGUUCCAUGCACUCUGGCGGUGCAGCACUGUGCAGGCGUGGGGACAGCAGGUCCGGGCCGGCGUUCUUGCGUGGGGUGGGGGCUGGUGGGGCCAUCGCGCUUCGGCGGCGCUUUUGUAA